ACACGCGCGCGCACUCACUCACACACUCUCAUCAAUUUCCAUUAAAUUUUCUGCUAUCCAUUAUUUCAUCAUCAUCUUCUUCUGAAACUUGCGACAACAAAUUAAUACUACUACUACGAGCUUUGAAAUACACAAUGCUUUCGCAUCUCAAAUGCGAUUCUCAGAUUUGUAAUUAAGUCUAUUUGUUACGUUCAUUUCUCUGAAAUUGAAUCCAAACAUUGCAGUGUUGGAUUGUGCUGUAAUUUGAAACUUUUAGGGUUUCGGUUUGUGUAGAAAUGGUGGCUACCAGAAGUAUUGUGAUUUUGUUGCUUUGUAUUACUGUUGUUACUCCGAUUCUGCUUUACACUGAUCGUCUUACAACUUUCAAUUACUCCUCCGCUCACCAGGAGUUUGUUGAAGAUGUAACAACUUUCACUGUCGGUGGAGUAGACUCUGGCCAUUUAAAUUUGCUGCCUCAGGAGACCUCUACCAUCGUUAAGGAACCGAUUGGGGUUGUAUAUUCAGAGAAUUCUUCAAACAGUAACAAUUUGCUUCGAGGGGAGCAUGUAGUAACCAGGGUAUUGUCAGCUACAAACGAGGAAGGUCGAGUUAAAGGGGAGAACUCCAUCAAACUGGUGACAGAUGAGGAAGAUGCUAUUGAUGCUAACGACAACGAUGAGAAACUUACUAAAUCAUCUAAUGCUUCUGAUCAGGCAUCUCAAGUUAUACUUACCAAGCAAGGGAAACGGCAUAUUGAAUCUUCUAGCAAAGUAAACAAUAUCAAGCAUAGUGAAGAAACACCGCCUGAUGCUCGGGUACGGAAGCUAAAGGAUCAGCUCAUCCAAGCUAAAGUUUAUCUUUCCCUUCAGGCUGUUAGGAACAUUCCCCAUCUCACUCGGGAGCUUCGGUUACGGGUAAAGGAAGUUUCACGAACAAUCGGAGAGGCAAGCAAAGAUUCCGACUUGCCAAGGAAUGCAAAUGAGAGAAUGAAAGCAAUGGAGCAAUCAUUGAUGAAAGCAAGGCAAAUUCACGAUGAUUGUGCCACAUCUGUGAAGAAGCUUAGGGCUAUGCUCCACUCAUCAGAGGACCAGCUUCGCGUGCACAAGAAACAAACCUUGUUCUUAACACAGUUGACAGCUAAAACACUGCCUAAAGGUCUCCACUGUCUUCCCUUGCGCCUUACAACUGAAUACUAUAGCUUGAACUCUUCUCAGCAACAAUUCCCCAAUCAUGAGAAGCUAGAAGACCCUGGUCUAUACCAUUAUGCAAUAUUCUCAGAUAACAUAUUGGCAACAGCUGUUGUUGUGAAUUCUACUGCUGCCCAUGCUAAGGACUCCUCCAAACAUGUUUUCCACAUUGUAACUGAUAGGCUCAAUUAUGCGGCAAUGAGGAUGUGGUUUUUGGCAAAUCCACCUGGGAAGGCGGCAGUUCAAGUUCAAAACAUCGAAGAUUUUGCAUGGUUGAAUUCGAGUUACAGUCCAGUUCUUAAGCAGUUAAGUUCUCCUUCAAUGAUAGAUUAUUACUUUAAGGCUCACCGUGCUUCUUCUGAUUCAAACCUCAAGUUUCGGAAUCCUAAGUAUUUAUCUAUGUUGAACCACCUCCGCUUCUACUUGCCUGAAAUAUUUCCAAACCUCAAGAAAGUGCUGUUUUUGGAUGACGAUGUAAUUGUGCAGAAGGAUCUUACUGGUCUUUGGUCAAUUAACUUGAAGGGAAAUGUAAAUGGUGCUGUCGAAACUUGUACAGAAAAUUUUCAUCGGUUUGAUCGUUACCUCAACUUCUCAAAUCCUCUUAUUGCAAAGAAUUUUGACCCCCGUGCUUGUGGAUGGGCAUAUGGUAUGAAUGUUUUUGAUCUAGUCGAAUGGAAGAAACAAAACAUCACAGAGGUGUACCAUAACUGGCAGAAGCUGAAUCAUAAUAGACAACUAUGGAAGUUAGGAACCCUGCCACCCGGUCUUAUAACAUUCUGGAAACGCACUUUUGCGCUGAACCGAUCUUGGCACGUCCUGGGUCUUGGCUACAACCCCAAUGUCAACCUAAAAGAUAUUGAAAGGGCUGCUGUAAUACACUAUAAUGGAAACAUGAAACCAUGGCUUGAGAUAAGUAUUCCGAAAUUUCGUGGUUAUUGGAUGAAGUAUGUUGAUUAUAAUAUUGUAUAUUUGAGAGAAUGCAACAUCAAUCCAUAACAGGUCUCAUAGUACCUUUUAUUCGUCCAAGUUUCUUGGUCUUAGCUAUGAUCAAUGCACCUUAUAGGUUACAUUUCCAUCUGUGUAAAGAUUUCAUUUUGUAGAGAUUUAUUUAUUAUUCUUUUAAAAUCACUUAUUUUUUUGUUUUAGUGUUUCAUGUAUAUGUUUUUGUAUGAGUGCACAUUCUCUUUAAAAACCAUAAUAAUGUCCUUUAAGCCUUAAAAACAUUUUCACACUGUGCUUCCUGAAGUGUGUUUAUUGAA